AUGGCUGCAGACGAAGGCGCAGAGCUUCGACUCGCCCAGCGCCGAGAUGGUCUACAGCCUCGCCAUCCUGUCGCCCACCCUGCCCAGGCAGUAGAACGACAACAACGGCAGCGGGUUCAACGCCAGGGACGUCGCCAUGGGCAGCAAUGCCGCCGCGUCCAGCGGCAAGCGCGGUGUGGCUGGGUCGCAACAGCCGCCGGCGAGCCAGAGCUAGGACAGAUGUACCUGUCUCGGUCGACUGCCAUUUGCUUUCCUCGGAUGAAGACCCCAUGUCGUUCCAACUUGUUUGGCUUCGUUAUUGCAAAUCCAAGGUUCAAAGUUGUGGUCUUCUCGUCAGACACCGGGGAUUGGUUCUUUCACCCUUGGGUGGAAAUCGAGGAGAGGGCACUGUCGAAUGAUGCCGACACACAUUGGCUUCAGUUUGGGGUGCGAUCAAAUGACACGCUGUACUGGGCUUUCACGAACCUGGAGCACGUGCUGAAGCUGGACACAUCAACAAUGGAGUUCUCUGUUUCUGAGCUCCCACCAUACCUGAAGGGUCUGCAGGGUUGCCACUUGGUUGUUGGCGAAACUAAGGACGGUGCCCUUUGCAUUGUUUUCUGCAUCGGGGGGAGCAUUUUUGUGUCCAUGAACAGAGCUGAUGAUGAUGGUGUGGUGAGGUGGGUUCUGCGUAGCGUGGACUAUGAGGCAGACGCAAACCCACCAGAAGACAUUGAUACACUGCAAGCCAUGUCUAUUGUGGAUGGGUUUGUCUACUUGGUCACAUCAGAGAUGGUUGUGGCGCUGUGCUUAGAAACAAUGAAGCUGGAGAAGCUGUUUCCGAGGAGUUUUCGUGCCCGUCAUUUCCAUCCCUACAUCAUGGCAUGGCCUCCUUCUUUAGUAGGAAACUAUGGGAGUUUUGCUUUGAUUGAAGAUGGUGUGGACAACGCGUAA